CCUAGCUGAUCCAGAGCGUCUGCUGUCAACACGGUUUACUUUUAAUGUUGAAAGCACGAAGUGAAAUUCAAAUAAACACGCCGUAGAAAGCGCAGCUAAUGCAGUAUUAUCAAAGCCAUCUCAUAAUUAUUGGAGUAAUAAAGGGGGUCGGAACCCUACAGUAGUAAGAGAGUUAGCUUAGCUGAUACUGUAAGUGCCACCAUGGCUGAUCUGAAACCUUGCAAAGUGUGUAACGCGACCCGCCAGAGACAUUUCGGUCUGGUGGUGUGUUCCUUGGAUCAGCUCAGAGUAAAAGGAAGUGGAAAGUUAGGGUUUGACCAUGGUACGCCAGUGUUGGUGACGCUUGAGGAUGAUGGGACUAUUGUGGAAGAUGAAGACUACUUUUUAUGUCUGCCUUCAAAUACCAAAUUCAUGUUGUUGAGUGAGAAGGAAAUAUGGACCCCUGCUAGUAGAUGUGAUGGACACAGAGCAAGGCUCAGCCAAGAUUCUUUUGAAGUGGAGGCGGACGUGGUGGACAGCUUGCCCAGUGGUGCAGAGGGCUGGCACGGUUUAGCUCGCCAGCUCAGGCAGGACCUGGCCAGCAUCAUUCUUAUGUCUGAAGCAGAUCUGCAGAGUCUGGUAGAUGUACCUUGCGCAGACCUGGCCUCAGUACUGGGCUUCCCAGAGCAGAAGGCCAAGGAUUUACAAGACACCUUGCAGAGAUUCCUGGACCGCAGGGAAGAGGAGAGGCAAUCCAGAGAGCUACUGCAGCUCUUCCUGAAGGCUUUGGAGAAAGAAGAUGGCCAGGCCGCGCUUCAAGAGGGUGGAACGGUUGAGGAUGAAACAGAUGGGCUGGAGAUGAACUCGGUGGCAGGUAUCAGCUCCAGGACACUUCAAGUUCUGAAGACCAAAAUGAGCCCUGCAACUAGACUCUCCAACACAGAACUGCAGCAGGUGCUGAAUGCGGGAUCGGAGGCCAUGGCCGAGGCACUAGGCUGGGACGGCAAGAAGACUGCCGACCUGACGCAGGCCUGCGAGGCUGAGCUGGUGAUGCGUGUGCAGCAGCUGCAAGCCUUGCAGGCCCUCAGCACUCACUCAGAGAGAAACGAGGCCACUCCCACCACCCCACUGCAUAAGCGGGCCAAACGUAGCUAAUGGGUUUACUUUAGUUUUCCUUCAUGGUGUGGACGAACCAGUCCUGGCUGAUGGAGGUCGAAUUGUUUUUUUUUAAUGUCGUGUGCUUUCGGAGUCAUGUUGUAUGCUGGCUCGUGCAGUCUGGUGUUAGAGAAGAAAAAGAAGCCUCAUACUAAAUAGGACCGAUUUCCGUGAAGUUUCAGGUUUCUCUCUCGUUUUUAAGUCUAUAAUGUGAACAUAAAUGCUUCACUGAAUCAGUAUAUUAGUGCUAACAUCACAGAGGUUUAUAGUAUAUUUCUUUGAUAAAAAUGUAUAAAAUAUAAAGGAAUAUUAUGAAUGGAUAUGUAUAUUAUGAUCUUCCAUUUAUGACUGGGGUUUCUAAAGGGGAAUCUUUUUUUUCUACAAUUGAUUGACAUUUUUGAUAGACUUGCUUUUUUAAAUGCUUAAAUUUCAUGUAAUGAAAAAUGAAAGGCACACUGGAUUACAGACUGUCAGACAUAAUAAAAUUAUUUUUUUUUAA